AUGCUGAUUCCUAUCUACAGACACAACCACGGCAAACCAGAAAUAUAAAUAAGAGGCCGCCUAGGCGUGUGUAUCCCUACCAUGGGGGUAAUAGGACAUCAGAUACGAACCUCCAGCGACCUCGGAGCAAGGGGCAGCACGAGAAGAAGCAGAACUAGGGCCUUCGGUCCUAGUUAGCCAUCUUGGCUCUAGGAUCUCGGCGUGUGGGCGUAGCCGCCGACAUGUAUUCGUCACAUUCCCGCAAGCCAGGUGUGGGAAGUAAGUUCGAUUCUACCCUCGAAGUGGGUGUCACGUAUGAUUCUGUCGACAGCCUUAGGAGGGGGAGGGGGGGAACUCGACUAGAGCUGCGUCGCCGUCGGCGGACAAGUUACCUACGUGGGCAGUUUCGGGCAACAAAACAACAGCUGAAAAUAACGCAUGCGCGCCGGCGUGGAAUGGCGAACGAGGCAAGACGAGGGGAAUCGGUGACCGGCCGGGGCCUUUGGCGAUUUGCGAAGGCAUACUGGAUCUCAACGCGGCGAGCGAUCCGUGCGGGCAGGCAGGUCGACCUCGUCUAUCCGUUUGGGGGCCAGCUGAGGGUAAGGCAACGAGCCCGGCUAAGCCUAAAGAAGGGGGGAGGUGGUGAUGCCGAGUGUCCCGCCUUGUCGCAGCCUCAGCCUUCUCUAGGUUCUGUAGGAGAGAGGCAUGGUAGGUGUGAGGGAGGCAGCGGUGAGGGGUGGGCGCUUCGCUUCGUCUCCUGCUGCUACGUUACUAGGCAAGCCAGGAGGUGCCCGGCCGUGGCUCGGGUGGAGGUGUGUUGGGAGGAGGAAGCGAGGGCACCAAUUAUCCGUUACGCCGGGCGUGGGUGGCUAGGCGACGGCUCUGCUGAUGGCUCUGGGGGUUUUGAGGAUGGACGGAUGGACGAACGAGGACGACGUUCCUGGGCACCGAGGGGCGGAUGCCUGCCGGCGGCCAUCCCACAUAUGAAGAGGCACAUGCCUAGGUAGGUGCCUCCCACCUUUCGUAGCUACUCAUAGACAGGUACUUAAUAUACUACCUCGUCCUAACGUCUAUAGUAGGAGGUAGUAGGUAAUACUAAUAGGUACCCCCCGUCAGAGGGUCAGCUUAGUACUCAA